AACCUCCGCGGCUGUCAGACAGGAAGGCGGGAGCCGCAGCCUCCCACUCCUCCCAUUGCUAUAACAACCGCGGGGCGGUCGGUCGGUCGGCGUGACUCGAUGGCACAGCGGCGCGUCUGCCAAGUGUCAUCCACCUGCGAGUGGACCGACCUCUGCUGCGCACAGCAUCACCGCAGGAGGAAGAGGAGGAGGAAGAGCGCGUGUUUCCCACGUUCAAGUGUAGUGAGCAGCGGGGAGGCUCAGGCUCCGCUACGUCAGACAGAUUAGUCAAAAUAACCUCUCGGGGUAGGACAUACCUCCCCCCUGGGCUCGGCGCUGACUGUUAGCCAGGAAGCGUGGCGAAGCACUGAAGUGCACUACUUUUUUUUUCUUUCUUUGUUUCCUUUUUUUUUUGUUUGUUUGUUUCGGGGUUUUGGUGAGACGGUUGUGGUGUUGCUCCUCCAGCAGCGCCUCCUCAUCUCCUCCUCCUCCUCCUCCUUCUCACCCCUUUCCUGAACCCCCCCCCCCCGUGCGAAAUGGCGAAAGAAAACGGCGAGUCCAGCAACGGAUCCUGGAAGAAGAUCGUCGAUGACGUCAAGAAAAUAUUUGACUUCAAAGAAGUCCUCGGCACUGGUGCUUUUUCUGAGGUCGUGAUGGCUCGGGAGAAGGCCACAGGAAAGAUGGUUGCAAUCAAGUGCAUUCCCAAAAAAGCUCUCAAGGGGAAGGAAACGAGCAUCGAGAACGAAAUUGCCGUUCUCAGGAAGAUAAAGCAUGAAAAUAUAGUGGCUCUGGAAGACAUCUAUGAGAGCUCGAAUCACCUUUACCUCAUAAUGCAGCUGGUGUCUGGAGGUGAACUCUUUGAUCGGAUUGUGGAAAAGGGUUUCUACACAGAGAUGGAUGCCAGUAGGCUCAUUCGGCAGGUUUUGGAUGCAGUCAACUACCUGCACUCCAUGGGAAUAGUGCACAGAGACCUGAAGCCUGAGAACUUGCUGUACUUUAGUCCUCAUGAUGACUCCAAGAUCAUGAUCAGUGACUUUGGCCUGUCAAAGAUGGAGGGAACGGGUGGCGUCAUGGCCACGGCCUGCGGGACUCCUGGAUACGUGGCUCCAGAGGUUCUGGCACAGAAGCCCUACAGCAAAGCCGUGGACUGUUGGUCCAUUGGAGUCAUUGCUUACAUCCUGCUUUGUGGCUACCCCCCUUUCUACGACGAGAAUGACUCAAAGCUCUUUGAGCAGAUUCUCAAGGCAGAUUAUGAGUUUGACGCACCAUAUUGGGACGACAUAUCCGAUUCAGCCAAAGACUUCAUCAGCUGUCUGAUGGAGAAGGACCCGGAGAAGAGGUUCACGUGCGAUCAGGCUCUUGAGCACCCCUGGAUCGCUGGAGACACCGCUUUGUGUAAGAACAUCCACGAGUCAGUCAGCCGGCAGAUGAGGAAAAACUUUGCCAAAAGCAAGUGGAGGCAAGCUUUUAACGCCACAGCUGUGAUCCGCCACAUGAGGCGCCUGCAGCUGGGCACCAGCUUUGGCAGCAGCAUCCAAAGCUCCAACUCUGUGCCGAGCCCUCAGGGCCGAGCUCCAGCCAAGAGCCAGUCCGUGGACUGCGCGCCGCUCUCCCUGAAGGACUGUCCUCCUAUAUCACCUCUACCAUCUGCUGUUAGAGUGUUCAAUCAGGACUCUGAUGCCUCCGCUCCGGCUCCACGGGAUGACUCUCCAGCGGUGGCUGAGCCGCCACGACCGCGACCCUCCACUGUUACCGUCAUCCACACGGGGACUAAAUGACGCCAGGUUCCGCGGGAGGUGAGCUGGGAGACCACAGAGCUUUGAGACGUGGGGGGGUUAAUCAAACCAAACCCCCUGCCCAGGCUUCGUGAAUCAAUGUCGUCGCCCAGUUCUCCAAUCCCGCAACCUCCCGUUGGUUUCUGCAAAGCGUCGGAGGAAUUUCAGGGGCACUGGCUCCGCUCCGUUUUGCAUGGCUGAAUCUGUACAGAGACCUGGAGGUCUCACCUGAAAAGCGCGGCCAGCAAACCAGCACCUGCUGUGAGAGGUCCACGCAAAAGAAAAAAGAUGAUGCUGCUGUCUGGUUUUCUGUUUUUUGACUGUGAUGGGACACUCCGAUAUAUGCCUUGUGUAAAUAUUCUGCCUGGAUUUGUUGCGUGGAGUCAUGUUUAUGCAAGUGAAACAUAGGCUUCAAACUGUGGUAAAUACCUAUAACGUCACCCGCACCCUGAACUCCUCGUGGUUCGCACAGCUCUCGUUUAUUUGCUGUGAUAUAUUCUUGCGAUGGCUCAGAGCGCCCCACUUCCAACAAAACGGCAGUCGGUUUUGUGUCUGCUUUUUGGAUGUGUAAUUGCUAAACCCGGGCAGGACACACCCAAUCAUUUAUGACUGCAGUGGACUGGUACAUUACACUUAUGUCUUUGAGUAUUUAUUUUCUUACAAUAUCACUCAUUGAUCAUAAAACUGGACUAAGAACUACUGUAUUAUCUGACAAAGCUAAAGAAUUUCUGAAGGAUAUUUUAUUUUUUUCUGUGAUGGGUCUAAAGUCUUCCCCGACCACAGGAGGGCGCCACGCGUUGUUGCUUUAUGACCAGUUCUCAGGGAUCUGCAGGGAUGUGAACAUGAAGCUAACAAAACUUCUCAAUACGAUCGAGCACUGCUUUUUUUUUUUUUUUUUUUAAAUCCAAAUUGUUUGACAAGAUAGAACUAAAAUUCUCCUAAUUUGCCACUGGCACAGAUGUCUUCUUUCUUAUUCAGACGGUUCUUUUAACCUCCUUUUAAAUGAACUUAAAGGGAAAUGUUCCUAUGUGAUGUGAUCAAAGUUGAAUACGAAGCGAGGAAUUCCAAUUUGUCCCAUUGCAGUCAGGUCAGUAUUGUACAGUUGAGUGGUAUAAAUAUUGUGCUCUGCUUCCUUCCGCUCAUGAUCUGGCAGCUCUGGGAGCAGCUCAGUCACUGUAUUUAAUCACUGUGCUUUCAUACCAGCCUGUUGAAUUUCACAGAAAGACUCUUUAUCCUUCUGUCUCCCACUCCUUCUCCAGAGACUUUUCACACAGAGAGGAGAUGGGAUCUGUCUUUGUAUUUUCUCUGUGGUACCUCUAUUUAAUUUCACUCACCUAACAUGAAUGUGUGUGGGGGGGGGGGGGGGGACACACACGUGAACACGCCCAACUCAAAGGGCUUCGCAGUCUUGAAUCAUGCACAACUCUGGUAAAUAUUGAAAUGGAUUUUGAGCGUCUACUUAUUGUAAAUACAAAGCUCUACAGUAUUUACUCUGAA